AUGGCACGGUCUGCAUGCUUCGAGAAUAUGGGGUUGAAGAAGGGGCCAUGGACUCCAGAUGAAGACCAGAAGCUCUUAGCUUAUAUUGAAGAACAUGGCUUUGGGAACUGGCGUACCUUGCCUGAGAAAGCUGGUCUUCAAAGAUGUGGGAAGAGCUGUCGACUGAGGUGGAUCAAUUACCUAAGACCUGAUGUCAAGAGGGGAAAGUUCAGUUUACAGGAAGAACAAACCAUCAUUCAACUCCAUGCUUUUCUCGGAAACAGGUGGUCCGCCAUAGCAGCACACUUACCCAAGCGAACGGACAAUGAGAUUAAGAACUACUGGAACACACAUAUUAAGAAAAGGUUUACCAAAAUGGGGAUUGAUCCCACCACCCACAAGCCCAAAUCAAACCUCCUCAGCUCUGUCGGCCGAAACCCUGGAACACUGAGCCACAUGGCUCAGUGGGAGAGGGCUCGGCUCGAAGCAGAAGCCAGGUUCGUCAGAGAAUCAAAAAAACUAAUGUCAAAACCAUCCCCGGAGAAUAAUUAUAAGCGAGGCUUCCAAGAUGGUGUACUGAAAAGUAGCAAAGCGUCAGCUCCAUCGGCUAGAUCACAGUGCCUUGAUGUACUUAAAGCAUGGCAAAGCGUAGCUGCUGGCAUGUUCGCCAUCUCCAAUAACAAUCUCGAGCCUCCACGGUCGACAUUCUUUAACAACUCGAUCCCCAUCGUCAUCGGAUGCGACGAAAGCUCAGCAAACGAGCUUGAUUCAGCAGCAGUUAUUUCAGAUACAUGCAUUGGAGGAAUUGCUCAAGAUGAGUUAAUGUUGGAUGACGACAGAUCAAAUUACCAAAUGCCAAAAUUAAAUGAAAGAUUUGAUAACUCGAUGUCUUUGCAUGAUACAACGUAUCAUUGGACUGCUGCAACAGGAAACAUCCUAGAAGAUUUUUCGGAUAUAUCGGUGCAUGAUUUUGGUUACCCGUUCGAGCAGGGGAUAUCCAUUGAACAAAUAUCAAACAUUUAUUAG